ACCCCAAUAAGAAAUGUAAAGUCUCUUAAAAGUAAACCGUGUAUAUCAGAUGGUACAGGCGCGUAUUAUCCACAUUCAAAAUUAUCUCCAUUGCAUUGAAAAUAUUGAAUUAGGAUAUCGGCCAAUUACCAGUAUCUACCAGUAUCGUUGCCAGCAUACGCUUAGUUAUCAGAUCUUCUUAGUCCGUGAAAGUUCUCGCGCUUAUCACACCACGAGUAGAUAGAGCCGCGAAUAAUCGUCGAGUUUUGAGAUACAUCUUCGCGAGAGAGACACUUUCGCACAAUGUCAGCAGACUACUUGAGCGACGAUAUGUCGACGUCUGGUCCGGAAUUGAUGGUCAGACGACCGGUCUACCAGCAGGACGAGCUUAAUCACUUGUGCAAAUACGUAAAACCCAAGAGAAUCCUCAGCAAUGAGCUGUCAAAACGAUGCAAAAGCAUCAAGCCAAUUUCAUUUAUCAAAAACACAAUACCUCUGAUUGACUGGCUUUCUUCAUACGAUUGGAAGACUAAUAUCUUAGGAGAUAUUGUUGCUGGAAUUACUGUUGCUGUAAUGCAUAUUCCACAAGGUAUGGCAUAUGCAAUAUUGGGUAAUGUUCCGCCUAUUGUUGGUAUAUAUAUGGCUUUCUUCCCGGUUUUGGUAUAUUUUUUUCUUGGGACAUCCAGACACAAUUCUAUGGGUACGUUUGCGCUCGUCUGCAUGAUGACUGGCAAAGUCGUUACGACAUACAGUAGCCCUGCAGUUUCGACAAAUAACACGUCAGUCGAGAACGGCACCUUAAUUUCCGACGUAAGCCAUCAAUAUUCGCCGGUGGAAGUUGCAACCGUAGUUACAUUCACGGUUGCUGUUAUACAGUUAGGAAUGUACGUGCUGCGUUUGGGCGUAAUCUCGUCGCUCCUCGCGGACAGUCUCGUGAGUGGAUUCACGACGGCAGCGGCGAUGCACGUAUUUACAUCGCAAAUAAGGGAUCUCUUCGGACUGAGCGACCUACCGCGGCGCAGGGGUGCAUUCAAGCUUAUUCUCACUUACGUAGAUGUUUUCAAUAGUAUGAACAACAUCAAUACAACGGCUGUGAUAUUAUCUUGCAUCACUAUUUUAGCUAUUAUUUUCAACAACGAAGUUCUUAAGCCAAGAGUCUCAAAGUUAUGUCCCUUUCCAAUCCCGAUAGAGAUGCUUGUGGUGAUAAUCGGUACUUUGAUAUCGAUGCAAAUGAAUCUUGCGGAUACUUAUAACGUAAUAACAGUUGGCGUUAUACCAGUAGGAUUACCAAUCCCGUCUGUACCACCAUUGUCGCUUAUACCCAACAUUUUAGUAGACAGUUUCGUGAUUACUAUGGUCGCUUAUACAAUAUCAAUGUCUAUGGCAUUGAUUUUCGCGCAAAAGGUGGGCUAUGAGGUCGACUCUAAUCAAGAAUUGAUUGCUCAGGGAUUAGGAAACCUUGUAGGCUCUUUCUUCUCCUGCAUGCCUAUCACGGCUUCGUUAUCCAGAUCAUUGAUUCAGCAAACUGUAGGUGGACAUACACAGCUGGCGAGUUUGAUAUCAUGUGGAAUCCUGGUGAGCGUAUUGCUAUGGAUCGGGCCAUUCUUUCAACCUUUGCCACGAUGUGUUUUAGCGAGUAUAAUCAUAGUGGCGUUAAAAGGGAUGCUGAUGAAGGUUACCGAGUUCAUGAAAUUCUGGAGACUGGACAAAACGGACGCUGGUAUUUGGGCAUUCACCUUCAUUAUUGUCAUUCUUUUCGAUGUUGAAUAUGGAUUAUUGGUCGGGAUACUUCUAUGCAUCGGAAGGUUACUUGUCCUCGCGAUGCGACCCUACACGUGUAAGCUCGCUCUAGUACCAGGCACUGAGCUCUACUUGGAUACCAAAAGAUACAAAGGAACUGUAGAGAUUCCUGGCAUCAAAAUUUUUCAUUAUUCCGGUAGUCUGAAUUUCGCAUCUAAGCAAUACUUUCGUGAGGAAGUAUAUAAAGUUGCAGGGCUAGUACCUCAAAAGGAACUAAAAAUACGCCAACAAGCCGCAUGCAAUGGCAACGCAGCAGAAGAAAUUAAAAAGCUACGCAUUCUUAUAUUGGACUUUACAGCAUUGUCACAUAUUGAUUUAGCAGGCGCGAAUAUACUGCGAAACAUUGUUGAUGAAUAUUGUGGCGUACAAGUGUCUAUUUAUAUAACAGGUUGUUCCGGUAAGUAUAUUUAUUCUUCAAUAUAAAUUUAUAUUUGAAUAAUUUCUUAAUUGAUAUGUAUGUACAUUUAAGCAAGGUUGGAAAGUAAUGCGUUAGUUAUUUGUAAUGGCAUUACCUUUUUCAUUACUUUUUCUACUGGUAAUAGUAAUGUCGUUAUGUUUUUACAGUAACGGUAACGAAAUUUAUCGUUACUUUUUUGUACUUUUACUUUUUAUUUUAUAAUAUAUUUUUAUUUACGUGUUUGGAAGAAUAUUUUUUACUCUAUAUUUUGUACUCUUAUAGGCUACAUUCUCAUAAUCACUAUCAGUGUUGAAAAUUUAUACACAUUAUACUAAUUAUAAGAAAGAUUAUCAGUACUAAAAGUGAAUAUUGAAACUCCUAAUAUUG